UAGUGAUUCUUGCGCCUCGUCCAGUCUGUCCUCUUUCUCCUCUUUGCAUGAUGUCGCGUUGUGUCUGAUUUCAUUUCGGACUUCUUUUUAUUAUUUAUUUUUGUCCUCGGCUUAAUACAGUUACGAUAUGCGAUCCAGCCAGCCCGGAGUUCCUGGGGUGUUGGCCCGCUUCUACCAGCGGGCCUCCCCGGUAAUGGACUUUGUGGCCUUAGCGGUCAUCUGGGGGAGUUCAGUUCUGGUCCAAAAAACGUUGAAACCUUCUCCUCGCUUGUUCAUGCUAGACGACAAGGAUAUUCAACACCCUUUAACUUCCCAUGAAAGGGUGACCGUACAACUAUCCAUGAUCUACGCCGGCCUGAUUCCUCUCCUCACUAUCAUCGCCUGGGCCGCCCUGACCCGCCCCAGUCGCUAUCAGAUCCAAGUGACGCUGCUUGGCCUUUUCACGUCGCUGAUGCUGUCCUCGCUCCUCACGGAUAUCAUCAAGAACUCGGUUGGACGCCCUCGUCCGGAUUUGAUCGCGCGCUGUCUCCCUCAAAAAGGCACCCCGGGGGAUGUCUGGGUCUCGUUGUCUGUGUGCACCCAGGAGAAUAAGGGCAUGUUACUGGAUGGUUUCAGAAGUUUCCCCAGUGGCCAUAGCAGUUUCUCGUUUAGCGGACUGGGGUACUUUUCGUUCUUCCUCGCCGGUCAAAUGCGCGUUUUCCGGCCGAGAUCCGACCUCUGCCGCUGUCUGCUGGCCUUCAUGCCACUGUUUGGCGCGUUCUUGAUUGGACUUUCCCGCCUGGCUGAUUACAGACAUGACAUAUACGACGUGACCACCGGCUCCCUUCUGGGACUGGGCGUCGCCUAUUUCACCUACCGGCGGUUCUAUCCCUCUCUGGGAUCCGUCAUGUGCGAUGUGACCAAAGACCGCGAUGAGGACCUGAGCACAUCCGGCUUUUCGAAACUUCCCGAUGACGAGGAGCAGCAGAUCCGCGACGUGGAGGAGUAUCAACUGGACGAGACGUCUUCGUCUCACUCGCCGUAAAUGGCCGCUCUUUCCCCCGGCUUUAUGAUACCCUUUUUGCGGUUCUCAUUUGGCAUUCAUUCGAUUCUCUCUUGGCCUAGCUUACCGUUUAUCAUGUAUUGGUGGCUCCGAUGCCUGGCUAUUUCUUCAACUAUAGCUUUUUUUGUCUAUUUGUAUAUAUAAUGUCGUUUCGCCUUCCGGUCUCUCAUUUGACAUGGAGUCACGAGCUCAAUUCUGACAUAUACUGUUUCUAUAAUUAUCUAUUGAGAAUCUUCGCGAAGCCAUGGGAAGCCGGUGCACUCAUUUCGCUGUGUGGUCUACG